AUCGAAGCCCUCUUUUCCCUUUCUUCAUCAAUCGAUCAAAAACCUUUAUCUCUGGAUUCUUUCCACAACACCACCAGAAAAAGGAGCGAGACCAGUACGACACCACGUAUGUUCUUGUCUACUUCUUUUCUGAGCCUCCCAUAAAACAGCCAAAAAAAAUUUGAAAAAACCAAUAAAAGUAGCCCCUACGACACCACGACCCAAAACCAGACAGAAAAAAAAAAGAAAAAAAGAAAGCCCAUCCUCUUCUGCCGCCCCGCCGACCAUCCGACGACCGCGUCCGACUUCUCUCGCGAACUACUCGUCCACCUCCGUAGGAAAGGAACCAUCUUCUUUGUCUACCGUCGCUACACUUUGCGUACGGUAACUUAUUUGCAGGAACACCUCAUUCCAAGCAUCAGACCCAGCUAUCAUAAUGGCCGCUCCCGUUGCCUCUGGCGCUGUCGACCAGCUUGCCGCUGAUCUCGGCAACACUAGCCUCAACGGCGGUGAGAACCGCAAUGCCCCCGCCAUCGAUACCAACGUGGCUGCUGGCCAGUUCCAGAACGAGGACCAGGAGGGCGCCGGCCCUACCCCCAACUCGGCCGCUCCUCACCCCCAGUCCUCGGCCUCCCUCUACGUCGGCGAGCUGGACCCGUCUGUGACUGAGGCCAUGCUCUUCGAGCUCUUCUCCCAGAUCGGCUCCGUUGCCUCGAUUCGUGUCUGCCGCGACGCCGUCACUCGUCGCUCUCUCGGCUAUGCCUAUGUGAACUACAAUGCCACUGCCGACGGCGAGAAGGCCCUCGAGGACCUCAACUACACUCUCAUCAAGGGCCGCCCCUGCCGCAUCAUGUGGUCUCAGCGUGACCCUGCUCUGCGCAAGACUGGCCAGGGCAACGUCUUUAUUAAGAACCUUGAUGUCGCCAUCGACAACAAGGCGCUUCACGACACCUUCGCUGCUUUCGGUAACAUCCUGAGCUGCAAGGUCGCCCAGGACGAGAACGGCAACUCCAAGGGUUACGGUUUCGUUCACUACGAGACCGACGAGGCUGCCGCCAACGCCAUCAAGCACGUCAACGGCAUGCUUCUCAACGAGAAGAAGGUCUAUGUCGGCUACCACAUCCCCAAGAAGGAUCGCCAGAGCAAGUUUGAGGAGAUGAAGGCCAACUUCACCAACGUCUACGUCAAGAACAUCCCCGCCGAGGUCACCGACGAGGAGUUCCGUGAGCUCUUCGCCAAGUACGGCGAUGUCACCUCCUCCUCCCUUGCCCGCUCUGACGAAGGCAAGAGCCGUGGCUUUGGCUUUGUCAACUUCACUACUCACGAAGCUGCUUCCAAGGCUGUUGAGGAGCUCAACGGCAAGGAUUUCCGUGGUCAGGAGCUGUAUGUCGGCCGUGCCCAGAAGAAGCACGAGCGCGAGGAGGAGCUCCGCAGGUCUUAUGAGGCUGCUCGCCAGGAGAAGGCUAACAAAUACCAAGGCGUCAACCUCUACAUCAAGAACCUCGGAGAUGAUGUUGAUGAUGACAAGCUCCGCCAGAUGUUCUCCGAGUACGGCCCCAUCACCUCGGCCAAGGUCAUGCGCGACAGCGUAGUUGAGUCCGCCGCUGAGGAUGAGAAGGACAAGGAGAACAAGAAGGAGGGCGAGGAGGAGAAGGAGGGCGAAACCGCCGAGAAGAAGGCCGAGUCCAAGGAGAAGCGCAAGCUCGGCAAGAGCAAGGGCUUCGGUUUCGUCUGCUUCAGCAACCCCGACGAUGCCACCAAGGCCGUCACCGAGAUGAACCAGCGCAUGAUUGACAACAAGCCCCUCUACGUCGCUCUCGCUCAGCGCAAGGAUGUUCGCAAGAGCCAGCUCGAGGCCAGCAUCCAAGCCCGCAACCAGCUCCGCAUGCAGCAGGCUGCCGCCCAGGCUGGUAUUCCUCAGCAGUUUAUGCAACAGCCAGUUUACUAUGCUCCCGGGCAGCAGCCUGGCUUUAUGCCCCCCGCCGGCGGCCGCGGCAUGCCCUUCGCUCAGGGAGCUAUGGGCAUCCCUCCCCAGGGUGGUCGUCCCGGCCAGUACCCUCCCUACGCUGGUCAGCAGGGCGGCCGUGGCGGCAUGCCUCCCCAGCAGAUGCCCAUCUACCCCAUGGGUGCUUUCCCUCCCAACUUUGCCCAGCCCAAUAACCCUCAGUUCCUUGCUGCCAUGCAGCAGAUCCAGGCUGCUGCUAUCCAAGGUGGCCGUGGCGGUCCUGGCCCUCGUGGCGUGCAGGGCAUGCCUCCUCAGAUCCCCGGUGGCCCCGUCGCCGGCUUCCCUCCCAACGGCAGAUCCCAGAACGGCAUGGGCCGUGGUGCCGGCGGCAACCGCGGUGGCUUUGCCGGCGGCCGUGGCGGUGCUCCCUCCGCUGGUCCCGCCGAUGUGAACAUCGCCGCUGUUCUCCACACCCAGCUCGCCGCUGCCGCUUCUCCUGCCCAGCAGAAGCAGAUCCUCGGCGAGAGCCUCUUCCCCAAGAUCCAGGCCAUCCAGCCCGAGCUCGCUGGCAAAAUCACCGGCAUGCUCUUGGAGAUGGAGAACCAGGAGCUCAUCAACCUCAUCGAGGAUGAGGCUGCUCUCAACGCCAAGGUCGGCGAGGCCAUGAACGUCUAUGACGAGUACGUCAAGACUCAAGCCACUGGCGAGGCCAAGGGUGAGGAGCCCAAGGCCGAGGAGAAGGCCGAGGAGAAGGCUUAGAUGCGGCGACACGAAUACGAAUGAUUCGCACAGCAAGCCCGACUUUUUUCCUUUGGGGAUGCGCUUUCUUAUCUGUUUCCUUUCGGUUCUUCUCGGUCGAUCUUGCGCAAGGGGGUCGGGAAAAGUUUUUGAUACCAGCUUUAGCAGCGCAACAUGAUGUUCUUCUCGUCCAACGUGCCCGGUCGAGGAGGUUCGGCAUCGGAAGGGAUUUUUCUUUCGGGAGGUUAUGAAACGAGGGCGCACAGCUAACGAGAUGAUUAUCGUGGCAUUUGCUAUGACAUUGAUACGUUAUGGUCAUGUAACUUGCGGUAGACUUGCUUAUGAUUUGGCUGGUGGGAGUUUUUUUAGUAUGGGAUGGAGGGGAAGGAAGGAACAUUUUUUUGUCCUUUUUCUCUUUUUUAUGUUUGCAAAAUGGCGCGGCCAUCUUUGCAGAUUAUCACCACUACUACUCACUCACCAGCAACAUCAACAACAACAACAACAACAACAACAACAACAACAAGGAUUUGGGGCAGGGGGGACGGGAUAAUUGUGUUUUUUUUAUUUGUUUUUAUCUCAUCAACCGACUCUCGGGACUGGCGUUCUACGGUUGUUUUUCCUGGGGUGGUUGGGAAUUUUUCGGGAGCUGUUAUGGGCUCGGAUGACAAAGACAAAAAUGGCAUCACACAAUCACCAAAUACCCCCCUCUCGGUCGUUUCUUCUAUCUGUGUGUACCAGUGCGGUUCUCUAGUGAUGGUGUGGAGGACUGGCUCUUGGUGGAUGAGAAGGAAAAGUCAGUGUUCUGGAACUUAUGUCAAGUAUGAAGAUAGGACAAGAUUGUAUUUUUAUGAUGUUUGUGUUCUCGG